CGCGCGCGCCGCUGUCAGCUGCGCCGGAAGUUCCCGGCCGGGCUGGCGGUAACCUUGGGGUCCACGCCGGCGCGAUCGCCGUGGUGGUGGGCUUGGCGAGUCCGCGCCGCCGCCCGGGCCAGGCCUGUUAGCUGCCGGGAGCCGCCGGGGUCGCGGAGGAGGGCGCGGAGGGCCGCGGGCGCAGGAACCGCGGGCGCAGGGUCGCCCCGCCGACAUGUCUCUCGUGGCGGAAGCCUUCGUCUCGCAGAUCGCAGCUGUAGAACCUUGGCCUGAAAAUGCUACAUUAUAUCAGCAACUGAAAGGGGAGCAAAUUUUGCUUUCUGACAAUGCUGCUUCCCUUGCUGUGCAGGCCUUUUUGCAAAUGUGUAAUCUGCCUAUCAAAGUAGUUUGUAGGGCAAAUGCAGAAUAUAUGUCUCCAUCUGGUAAAGUACCUUUUAUUCAUGUAGGAAAUCAAGUAGUAUCAGAACUUGGUCCAAUAGUCCAAUUCGUUAAAGCCAAGGGCCAUUCUCUUAGUGAUGGGUUGGAUGAAGUCCAAAAAGCAGAAAUGAAAGCCUACAUGGAAUUAGUCAACAAUAUGCUGUUGACUGCAGAGUUGUAUCUCCAGUGGUGUGAUGAAGCUACAGUAGGGGAGAUCACACAUGCUAGAUAUGGAUCUCCUUACCCUUGGCCUCUGAAUCGUAUUUUGGCCUAUCAGAAACAGUGGGAAGUCAAACGUAAGAUGAAAGCUAUUGGUUGGGGUAAGAAGACUCUGGACCAGGUCUUGGAAGAUGUUGACCAGUGCUGUCAAGCUCUUUCUCAAAGACUGGGAACACAGCCAUAUUUCUUCAAUAAGCAGCCUACUGAACUAGAUGCACUGGUAUUUGGCCAUCUCUACACCAUUCUUACCACACAAUUGACCAAUGAUGAACUUUCUGAGAAGGUGAAAAACUAUAGCAACCUUCUUGCUUUUUGUAGAAGAAUUGAACAGCACUAUUUUGAAGAUCGUGCUAAAGGCAGCUCAUCUAUUAGAUUGUCUUAGAGUCUAUUAGAUUGUCUUAGAGUUAUGUGUUAAUUUAGUUGUUAUUAAAAAAUUUAACUUUUGAAAUCUGUUACUUGAAUGAUAUGUGAAUGGUAUCAAAAUUUUAAAACCAAAACACUGCUUUUGAAACCUCAAAACAAAUUAUAUAAUGUAUCUUGUACAUGUACUUUAUACUGUUGUUUAUGUACAAAUUGAAAUAAUUCUGAAUGACUCCAUUUGAUAUGUUAUACUCUGUAUCUUGAAAGUUUUGUUUUCUUGAAACUUGUACGCACAUAAAAAUAAACUUUGAACAACUAUA